ACAAUUAUGGUUUUUUUUUUGCUCUAAAACCUCGGAGGUGCUCUCAGGUUGUAGAUGAUUCUCUCUUCUCUUCUUAGAUCCGAUUCCAUCUCUUCACCAAUCUCAACGUAGCAAGGUCAAUCACGAAUCCCUUUGUUUCGAAACCCUAAGCAAUCAACCCAAAAUAUGAACGGAGAUAAACGAAGGAGGUUGCAGAAAGUUUCAGUGAACACUGCCGCAGAUGAACUCGAAACUAAACUUGGAUUUGGGCUUUUCUCCCAAGGGGAAACGCGCCUCGGGUGGCUACUCACAUUUGCAUCAUCAUCUUGGGAAGAUGCCGAUACUGGGAAAACAUUUAGUUGUGUGGACCUUUUCUUUGUCACUCAGGACGGCUCUUCUUUUAAGACUAAGUACAAGUUCCGCCCUUACUUGUAUGCCGCCACCAAAGACAAUAUGGAAUUGGAAGUUGAAGCCUACUUGAGACGCCGAUAUGAAACACAAGUUGCUGAUAUUCAGAUUGUUCACAAAGAAGAUCUUGAUCUUAAAAAUCAUCUUUCUGGCCUGCAAAAAAAAUAUCUCAAAGUAUCAUUUGACACUGUGCAACAAUUGGUGGAAGUCAAGAGGGAUCUGUUGCAUAUUGUCGAACGAAACCUCGCAAAAUUUAAUGCACUUGAAGCAUACGAAUCCAUAUUGGCUGGAAAACGAGAACAACGUCCUCAAGACUGCUUAGACUCUGUGGUGGACCUCCGUGAGUACGAUGUUCCUUAUCAUGUCCGAUUUGCAAUUGAUAAUGAUGUGCGUAGUGGGCAAUGGUACAAUGUCAGUAUUUCCAGCACUGAUGUCAUACUAGAGAAGAGGACGGAUCUUCUCCAACGCGCAGAAGUUCGCGUUUGUGCAUUCGAUAUAGAGACAGUAAAGCUUCCAUUGAAGUUCCCGGAUGCUGAAUAUGAUCAAAUUAUGAUGAUAUCCUACAUGGUUGAUGGGCAAGGUUUUCUAAUUACUAACAGAGAGUGUGUUGGCAAAGACAUAGAAGAUCUGGAAUAUACACCCAAACCAGAGUUUGAAGGGGAUUUCAAAGUCACGAAUGUUAACAACGAGGUUGAACUCCUCCGAAAAUGGUUUUCUCAUAUGCAAGAGUUGAAACCUGGUAUUUAUGUUACAUACAACGGUGACUUUUUUGACUGGCCAUUUAUAGAACGGAGAGCAUCUCAUCAUGGGAUCAAAAUGAACGAGGAGUUAGGAUUCCGUUGUGAUCAUAAUCAAGGUGAAUGUCGAGCUAAGUUUGUGUGCCAUUUGGAUUGUUUUUCUUGGGUGAAACGUGAUAGCUAUCUUCCUCAGGGAAGCCAGGGUCUGAAGGCUGUUACAAAGGCAAAACUGGGUUACGAUCCACUGGAAAUGAAUCCUGAGGACAUGGUUCGGUUUGCAAUGGAAAAGCCACAGACAAUGGCCUCCUACUCUGUCUCUGAUGCUGUUGCAACUUACUACCUAUACAUGACAUAUGUCCAUCCGUUCGUUUUUUCUCUCGCAACUAUCAUUCCAAUGGUCCCUGAUGAGGUUUUACGCAAAGGGAGUGGCACCCUUUGUGAAAUGCUUUUGAUGGUUGAGGCUUACAAGGCAAAUGUUGUAUGUCCCAACAAAAAUCAAGCUGACCCUGAGAAGUUCUACCAAGGUAAACUUCUUGAAAGUGAGACAUAUAUUGGUGGCCAUGUAGAGUGCCUCCAAAGUGGUGUUUUCAGAUCUGACAUUCCAACCAGUUUUAAGCUCGAGGCAUCUGCAUACCAGCAACUGAUCGAUAACCUUGGUCGGGAUCUGGAAUAUGCUAUCACUGUUGAAGGAAAAAUGAAAAUGGAUUCAAUUUCCAAUUAUGAUGAAGUAGAGGACGUAAUCAGGGAAAAGCUCGAGAAGUUACGGGAUGAUCCUAUACGUGAAGAGGAGCCUCUUAUUUAUCACCUUGAUGUCGCGGCGAUGUAUCCAAAUAUCAUCUUAACAAACAGGCUUCAGCCACCAUCAAUAGUUACGGAUGAGGUUUGCACAGCAUGUGAUUUCAACGGCCCGGAAAAGACCUGUCUUAGAAAACUUGAAUGGGUUUGGCGUGGGGUGACGUUCAAGGGAAAUAAAAGUGAAUAUUACCAUCUGAAGAAGCAGAUUGAGUCUGAAUCUGUUGAUGCUGGUGCAAAUAUGCAGUCGUCAAAACCUUUUCUUGAUCUGCCAAAGGUGGAACAACAAUCCAAAUUAAAAGAACGACUGAAAAAAUACUGUCAAAAGGCAUAUAGCCGAGUACUUGACAAGCCAUUCACUGAAGUUCGCGAGGCUGGGAUAUGCAUGAGAGAAAACCCGUUCUAUGUGGACACUGUGCGUAGCUUUCGAGAUAGGAGGUAUGAAUACAAAACACUUAACAAGGUCUGGAAGGGAAAGUUGUCAGAGGCCAAGGCAAGUGGCAAUUCAAUCAAGAUCCAGGAAGCACAUGACAUGGUAGUGGUUUACGAUUCCUUGCAGCUAGCUCAUAAGUGUAUACUUAAUUCCUUUUAUGGAUAUGUCAUGCGAAAGGGCGCAAGAUGGUACUCCAUGGAAAUGGCUGGUGUAGUUACUUAUACUGGAGCCAAAAUCAUCCAGAAUGCUCGUUUGCUUAUUGAGCGAAUUGGGAAACCACUUGAGCUGGAUACAGAUGGUAUAUGGUGUGCUCUCCCUGGAUCUUUUCCUGAGAACUUUACUUUUAAAACGAUAGAUAUGAAGAAAUUCACCAUCUCGUAUCCGUGUGUAAUACUUAAUGUUGAUGUGGCGAAGAAUAAUUCAAAUGACCAAUAUCAGACUCUAGUAGAUCCUGUACGAAAGACAUAUAAUUCACAUAGCGAAUGCUCAAUUGAAUUUGAAGUGGAUGGACCGUACAAGGCAAUGAUUAUUCCUGCAUCCAAGGAAGAGGGAAUCUUAAUUAAGAAGCGGUAUGCUGUUUUCAAUCAUGACGGAACCAUAGCAGAACUCAAGGGGUUUGAGAUGAAGCGUAGAGGAGAGCUGAAACUCAUUAAAGUUUUCCAGGCCGAGCUAUUUGACAAAUUUCUGCAUGGAUCAACCCUUGAAGAGUGUUAUUCUGCUGUUGCAGCUGUUGCAGAUCGUUGGCUUGACCUACUCGAGGGUCAAGGAAAAUAUAUUGCCGAUAGUGAAUUGCUAGAUUAUAUAUCAGAAUCAAGCACUAUGAGCAAAUCGUUAGCAGAUUAUGGUCAACAAAAGUCAUGUGCAGUGACCACAGCAAAACGCCUGGCUGAUUUUCUUGGUGAUACAAUGGUCAAAGAUAAAGGACUGCGCUGCCAAUACAUCGUUGCUCGUGAACCAGAGGGGACACCUGUAAGUGAACGUGCUGUCCUGUUGCCAUAUUUCAAACGGAUGAUCCUGAAAAAAAGUUUUAUCUGCAAAAAUGCUAUUCAAAAAGUUAUUACCAUUCCUGCUGCAAUGCAGAAGGUGGCAAAUCCUGUACUUAGGGUGCGUCAUCCUUAUUGGCUCGAGAAAAAGGUCUGUGAAAAAUUUCGUCAGGGAAAAAUAGUUGAUAUGUUUAGCUCAGCAAACAAAGAUGGUGUCUUGGACAAAAAUCAUUCGACAACUCAAGAUAAUGUACUGGCGGAUAUUGAAGAUUUUUGCAAAGAAAACAGACCUUCCGUAAAAGGGCCAAAGCCAGUUGCGCGUUCAUAUGAAGUCGAUAGAAAUCACUCUGAGGGUAAGCAGCAAGAGAGUUGGGAUCCAGAGUUCCAUGAUAUCUCAUUUCAGAACGUUGACAAGAAUGUAGAUUACCAAGGAUGGCUUGAACUGGAAAAAAGAAAAUGGAAAAUGACUCUAAAGAAUAAGAAAAAAAGAAGGUUUGAUGAUCUAAAGCCUUGUAAUCAGAUUGAUGCUCACAAGAUAAAUAAAAGAGUCUGUAAGGGAAGAGCAGGUGUAGGCUCAUACUUUAGGAGGCCUGAAGAAGCUUUGACUAGUUCCUAUUUGCAGAUAAUACAGUUGGUCCAAAGUCCACAGAGCGGGCAAUUUUUUGCUUGGGUUGUUGUGGAAGGAUUGAUGCUUAAGAUCCCAUUGACGAUCCCAAGGGUGUUUUACAUUAAUUCCAAAGCUUCUAUAGCUGGAAACUUCACGGGAAAGUGUAUCAACAAGAUUCUUCCUCAUGGAAAGCCUUGUUACAAUUUGAUGGAGGUCAAUAUUCAGGAAGAUCAAUUUAAAAAAGAAAGCAAAAAGCUUGCCGCUCUACUUGCAGACCCCGAAAUUGAGGGCAUAUAUGAAACUAAGAUGCCUCUGGAGUUUAGUGCUAUAUGUCAGAUUGGAUGUGUAUGCAAAAUUGAAGACACGGCCAAACACCGUAACACCCAAGAUGGAUGGAAACUUGGUGAACUUCACAGGAUAACUACAACUGAGUGUCGCUACUUGGAGAAUUCAAUUCCACUUGUUUAUUUGUAUCACAGCACCUCAACAGGUCGUGCUAUUUAUGUUUUAUAUUGUCAUGCUUUGAAGCGUAUGUCUGUUGUGGUAGUCAAUCCUUACGGUGACAAGGAAUUAUUAUCAUCUGCCCUAGAGAGACAGUUUAGAGAUAGUUGCCAAGAAUUGUCACUUGAGCCAUUUUCUUGGGAUGGUAUCCUUUUCCAGGUCGAGUAUGUUGACCAUCCAGAAGCUGCCAAGAAAAAUUUACAAAAAGCGCUCUGUGAAUACAGAGAAGAAAAUUGUGGACCAACUGUGGCAGUCAUUGAAUGCCCUGACUUUAACACCAUGAAGGAAGGUAUAAAGGCCCUGGAUGAUUUCCCAUGUGUGAGGAUUCCCUUCAACGAUGAUGACAAUAGUUAUCAGCCUGUCUCCUGGCAACGUCCAGCAGCAAAAAUAGCAGUGUUCCGUUGUGCUUCAGCAUUUCAGUGGUUGGAUCGGAGGAUUGCUCAGUCAAGAUACGCCCAUGUGCCUCUGGGGAAUUUUGGACGUGAUUGGUUAACAUUCACACUAGAUAUCUUCCUGUCCAGGGCACUCCUUGACCAGCAACAGGUCCUUUGGGUGUCAGAUAAUGGUGUUCCAGACCUUGGAGAUAUAAACAAUGAAGAGCCAUUUCUAGCUGAUGAGGUACAACAGACAAGUUUGGUAUUCCCUGGAGCGUACAGAAAAGUGUCUGUGGAGUUAAAGGUCCAUAGAUUAGCUGUUAAUGCCCUUCUGAAAAGUGACCUGGUGAGUGAAAUGGAAGGAAGCGGCUUUUUGGGAUUUGAACAGGGUGUGAAUUCUAGAGGAAGUAGUUUAAACGAUAAUGGCAGUUUUGAUGAGAAUAAUGGAUGUGCUCAAGCAUUUCGUGUCCUUAAACAAUUGAUCAAGCGUUGCUUGGAUGAUGCGUGUAAUUCUGGCAAUAUAUAUGCUGAUUCCAUUUUGCAACAUCUGUCUUGGUGGCUCUGCAGCCCUUCCUCGAAGCUUCACGAUCCAGCUCUCCAUCUCAUGCUUCACAAGGUCAUGCAAAAGGUGUUUGCGCUGCUUUUGACUGAUUUGCGGAGGUUAGGUGCUGUAAUAAUAUACGCAGACUUCUCAAAGGUAGUUAUCGACACAGGGAAAUUUGAUCUAUCUGCUGCUAAGGCUUAUUGUGAAAGCUUGCUCACAGUGAUGGGGAGUAGAGAUAUCUUUGAGUUGAUCUUGCUUGAGCCGGUUCACUACUGGCACUCGUUACUUUUCAUGGACCAGCAUAACUACGCUGGUAUCCGAGCUACCGGAGAUGAAAUUUCUAGUGACGAAGUGACUAUCGAACCAAAGUGGAGCGUUGCACGGCAUUUACCCGAGUAUAUUCAGAAGGAUUUCAUCAUAAUUGUUGCCACGUUUAUAUUUGGCCCCUGGAAAUUUUCAUUAGAGAAAAAAAGGGGCAGUGCAGAGAGUUUAGAGGCAGAAAUGGUAGAAUAUCUCAAGGAACAGAUAGGAACCCGGUUCAUAAGCAUGCUUGUCGAGAAGAUUGGUAAUAUCAGGUCACACAUGAAGGAGAUAAACAUGUCAGAUGCAUCUUGGGUUUCUGGUCAAGCUCCCAAAGGAGAUAACACGUUCGAAUUUAUACAAAUUAUUACUGCUGUUCUGGCUCUUGAUCAAAACGUUCAGCAAGAUGUUCUGGUAAUGAGAAAGAGUCUGUUGAAGUACAUUAACGUAAAAGAAUGUGCUGCUGAAGCCGGAUUUAUUGAUCCUGGGCCAUCCUUCAUCUUACCUAACGUGGCUUGCAGCAACUGCGGUGCCUACAGAGACCUAGACCCAGCUCUCUUAACAGAGAAAGAAUGGUCAUGUGCGGAUCCGCAAUGUGGGAAGAUAUAUGACAAAGAGCAGAUAGAGAAUAGCCUUGUCCAGAUGGUGAGACAGAGGGAGAGAAUGUACCAGUUGCAGGAUCUAGUGUGCGAUAGGUGCAAUCAGGUGAAAGCCGCUCAUUUGACAGAGCAGUGUGAGUGUUCUGGAUCCUUUAGAUGCAAGGAGAGUGGUUCAGAUUUCCACAAGAGGAUGGAGAUUUUCUUGGAUAUAGCAAAGCCCCAAAAGUUUAGACUGCUAGAAGAAUGCAUCUCCUGGAUUUUAUUUGCCACCAGCUGUUGACAAAACAAUACACAGAAAGACAACAUUCGUGUAUUAAUAAUAUUUAAAUGGAAACUUCUGACAUAAGUUAACAAAGCCAAAAAUUCUUA